ACAUUAGCCGAUUAAUCGGAUGUCACUCACAGCCUCCAUACUUAAGUUCUACUAUCCUAUUGUAUGCGUUCUCCGGGAAUAUUUGGCAAGCAUACUCGAACCAGUCGACGAUGGCCACGAGUUUCUUGUCAACAAAGACGAUCCUGCCGCGUAUCGCGUGCUGUUGGAUCAAUCUUAUGUCGCGUUGUGUGACACUGAGCGGAGGAUAAAGCGCGUUAUAGCCAGUCCGCCUAUGGUGAACGUCAGAGAGAUAAUCGAGAUCGCUCAAGAGAGACUGCUCGCGAGAGGGAAGGAUAAAACUUCGAAUAUCAUCACCUCUGGGUACCGUGCGGUAUGUAUGCAGCUGAGGAUGGUGUGUCAUUCUCAACAUGACGUGUGGUUAGGCGAAACGGGACGACGAGCUACGACGGACUGCAAAUGGACGAGUGGCACCUACGAACUUCUUCGUGAACACAAUGGUAACUGCUCUCCAAGCUCCAGAGUGGCAACUGCUCUCUCAAAGGAUAGGCGAGGAUGCUAUGUUUCAUCUCUUAACAGAAACAUCCAUAUUUGUAUCUCUACCAAAUGAAUGCCUCUGUCAGAUGACGGGAGAACCUAUUAUCCAUCUCAAAACGCCUCAGGUCAUAGAAAAUAUGCAUGCAAGGGGCAGUGAACAAAUCGCAUGUGAAAUGAAGCGCAAGAUAAUGACUGCUCAUGAGGACGAAAAAUCUACGAAGCGAGCAAAUGUUGAUAAAACGAUUUCCAGGACGUCCUCUUGGGCCUCGACGAAAGCGGCAACGUCGAAGACUGUCGUUGAAAAGUAUGAUCGUCAUCUAUUCUGA